GCACGCAGGCGCAGUGCGCACGCCGGCUGAGCUGGGUCUCGCGGCUCUGUGCGCGGCAGCGGAGAGCGAGGCCUGGUGAGCGCCGCCGUGGUGCGCGCCGGCUGGUCAAGGUUGUGCGCAGAAGAGGCGCAGCGGGCGGGCCAAGAGCGAGCGUCUCCCUCUUCGUAGUGGCACCGGGACCGGUCGCCUGGAGCCGAAAUCAUGUCCACACCAGGAAAAGAGAACUUUCGCCUGAAAAGUUACAAGAACAAAUCUCUUAAUCCUGAUGAGAUGCGCAGGAGGAGGGAGGAAGAAGGACUGCAGCUACGGAAGCAGAAAAGAGAAGAACAGUUAUUCAAGAGAAGAAAUGUUGCUACAGCAGAAGAAGAAACAGAAGAAGAAGUUAUGUCUGAUGGUGGCUUUCAUGAGGCCCAGAUAAAUAACAUGGAGAUGGCACCAGGUGGUGUCAUCACCUCUGACAUGACUGAUAUGAUAUUCUCAAAUAGCCCAGAGCAGCAGCUCUCUGCAACACAGAAGUUUAGGAAACUACUUUCAAAAGAACCUAAUCCUCCAAUUGAUGAAGUCAUCAACACACCAGGAGUAGUGGCCAGGUUUGUGGAGUUCCUCAAACGAAAAGAAAAUUGUACACUGCAGUUUGAAUCAGCUUGGGUCCUGACAAAUAUUGCUUCAGGAAACUCUCUUCAGACCCGGAAUGUGAUUCAGGCAGGAGCUGUGCCCAUUUUCAUCGAGUUGCUUAGCUCAGAGUUUGAAGAUGUCCAGGAGCAGGCAGUCUGGGCUCUUGGCAACAUUGCUGGAGAUAGUACCAUGUGCAGGGACUAUGUCUUAAACUGCAAUAUCCUUCCUCCUCUUCUGCAGUUAUUUUCAAAGCAAAACCGCUUGACCAUGACCCGGAAUGCAGUAUGGGCUUUAUCUAAUCUCUGUAGAGGGAAGAGCCCACCUCCAGAAUUUGCUAAGGUUUCUCCCUGUCUGAAUGUCCUUUCUUGGUUACUGUUUGUCAGUGACACUGAUGUACUAGCUGAUGCUUGCUGGGCUCUCUCAUACCUGUCAGAUGGACCCAAUGAUAAAAUCCAAGCAGUCAUCGAUGCAGGAGUCUGCAGGAGGCUUGUGGAACUUCUGAUGCAUAAUGAUUAUAAAGUGGUUUCUCCUGCUUUGCGGGCUGUGGGAAACAUUGUCACAGGGGAUGAUAUUCAGACACAGGUAAUUUUGAAUUGCUCAGCUCUUCAGAGUUUAUUGCAUCUGCUGAGUAGCCCAAAGGAAUCUAUCAAAAAAGAAGCAUGUUGGACAAUCUCUAAUAUUACAGCUGGAAAUCGGGCACAGAUCCAGACGGUGAUAGAUGCUAACAUGUUCCCAGCUCUUAUUAGUAUAUUGCAAACAGCAGAGUUCCGGACAAGGAAGGAAGCUGCUUGGGCCAUCACAAAUGCAACUUCUGGAGGAUCAGCUGAGCAGAUCAAGUACCUAGUAGAACUGGGUUGUAUCAAGCCACUCUGUGAUCUCCUCACUGUCAUGGAUGCAAAAAUUGUACAGGUUGCUCUAAAUGGCUUAGAAAACAUCCUGAGGCUUGGAGAACAAGAAGCCAAACGAAACGGCUCANGCAUUAAUCCUUACUGUGCUUUGAUUGAGGAAGCAUAUGGUCUGGAUAAAAUUGAGUUCUUACAGAGUCAUGAAAACCAGGAGAUCUAUCAAAAGGCUUUUGAUCUUAUUGAGCAUUACUUUGGGACGGAAGAUGAGGACAGCAGCAUCGCACCCCAGGUUGAUCUUAGCCAGCAGCAGUACAUCUUCCAGCAGUGUGAAGCUCCUAUGGAAGGUUUCCAGCUUUGAAGCAAUCCUCUCCUUCUUGUUCCUGUGUCAGACCAGGCUAUCCAGUCAAGUCCUCUUGUGGAGCCCACAGUCCUCAUGGAGCUAAUCUCUCAAAUGUUUUCCAUAAUACUGUUUGCGCUCAUUUGCUUGCCUUGCGCACCUGCUCUCUUACACACAUCUGGAAAACCUCUGGCUCUCUGUGGUGGAAUACCCUUUUAUUACAAGGGUAACCAGAACGGCCCACUCUCUUAUGGAAAAAUCCCUAAGCUUUGGAGAUCCGCACUUACAUUAGAGUCAUGGGAAUAUAUACACAUACUAAUGUGGCUCCCUUUUUUGUGGGGGAAAAAAGAGGACUCUUCCUCAUUCCGUAAAGUGGGGAAAAUGACAUUAAAAGAUAAAAUUAAAACCUUUAUCUUGAAUUUUACACAACUACAAGGGAGAUAUUUAGACUUGUGUAUACGUCAGAGUACUCUUCUCGAGUUCUUCCACAGUGAAUCAACCCUUGGAGUACCUGGUGGCUUUUUCUAGCCACAUUUGCAUUAAUCCUUAUUGAGAUGGGAUGGUUUUCUUUCCUCUAAUGGAGUCAUUUUCUUCAGAUAUUAAAGUUAAACCAUCCAAUCCCUCACCUUCAGCCUUCAGUGAAUGUGCUUCUAGUUGUCAGGAAUGCUGAAGAAUUAACACUUUGACUUUUAAAUGUGAUCCUGGCUUGGCAGAUUUCCUUAAAGCAGGAAGGAGAGAAGCAUAUACUAGUUUGUAUGGCUUUUGCUUCUCUUUGGUUUUGUUUCUUAGGAUUUGGAAGUGGUUCAGUUUUAACGCUGGUAUGAAGGCUAAAAGUCCUUAAGUAAAACCAUGUUCAAAAAUUCAAUUAAAGACUAAGAACAUAAAACCCAUCAUUUUGUUUAAACCAGUGUGACUAGAGGCUGUGUUUCUGCAUUACAAAAGAUCCUCAGGCUUUGUGGUCCUGAUCAAGGUCCUGGUAAAUUGGAGUUCACCCUAGGUGCUUUUCCUCUUUGUGACUGGCAGAUAACGCAUAUUUAAAUGUUACUUAGGGAUUUUUUUUUCCUUUGUUGAGUGCAGCUCGAUUCUAAUGUAAUCAUGCUGCAUACAUGCUCUUGCAGUGCAGCAUCCUUAUCUUUAAGAGCAUACUAGUCUCCUCAGUGUGACCUCUAGACUAAAGGGCAGUGAUCCAAUAACCUCAGUAUCCCCUGUGUUUAUUUCAUCUCCUACUAGUACCCUACCCUAGGAAGAACAUGCCCACCUCCUGCUUAUUUAAUGAUGACUGUAAUGUACCUGCAAAUGGNGCUUCCAGUACUGUGUUCACUGACAUUUGUGCUUGGACUAGAAGGGGAAAGAAACAAGAAAAAAAGGAUAAUUGCCAAGAGAACUGCAAAUGAGUUCAAUGCGACUUCUCGGUGCUAGUUGGCCAUCUUGGCUCAAUGUUGGGACACACUGUAUCAGAGAGGAGUCUUUUUUUUUUUUCCCCAAUGAUAUUCUGUUCAAAAUGAAUUCUGAAGGAAAAGUUGCUCAUGUCUGUUUCAGAGCAUACCCUUUUAAAUCUUUUUAGACUACUCUUCUAGAAUUCAUCGUAACCCCAGAGUAGAUAAAAGCUAUCUAGAAGUUGCCCUGACAAGCUAUUGCACAUCUCUGGUAAAUCCUGCUGAAUGUAAGGAAUAUUCAGAGCUCUCAUACCUCAUCAUGAUGUUAUUUAAGCAGCCAACUUACACGACCUGAUUUACUUUGAAAAAUUUGUUUCAUUCAAACUAGAAAGUUCCAGAGACAAAGGACAUUUCUNAGCCAAGAGUGUGAUGCAUUCUUGCCCUAGUCUUUACUUGUGUCUGCUCUGGGAUGGAUGCCGUCUGAUGUCUGUUACCAAUGGAGCAGAUACACAAAACUAGUCAACUCCCGUCUGUCCUGUUGUUUUCUAGUGCUGCUUUGUGCUGAGAGAACAUGUUAGUUUACUGAACUUGACCUGUACAAGACUGAUUCUUUGUAAUUUUAGGGUUAAAUUAGGUGGUUAAUUUAAAGAUGAACUUUCAAUGUUGCCUUUACAUCACAUUACAGUAUCACUUCUUUGAGAAGGUAAUAGAAGCACUGAUUCAUAGUAAAAAUCUUGUUUUUAGCUUUGACUUUUCUUGUGGCUGAUUUCUUUUUAAAUUGUAAAUUACUGGUAACAUGUUAUUUCUAUAGAAUGUUUUAAAUUAUGUACCUUCUAUUGGAUAGUUAAAACCUUUGCAUCUUAUAAAGGAGUUUGAAUGAAAAGAAAUACAAAGCACACAGAAUUGUCACCCCACNUUACCAAGAGCAUACAGCUGGAACUUUUGUAGCAAUAUCAGGGUGGCCCAGUGAGUUCAGGUCCAUUAAUCAGUGUGAGCUCUUUUAUCUUAAGCCUGACCAGAAGUUCAUGAACUUUAAAUAUUCUGAANUUUGUUUUGAUAGUGAAAUGAUUGUUUCGGGGUAAACAUGGCACUCAGCUAAACACUAGCAAGUUCAGCUAAACGCUAGCAAGUUCAGCUACACCCUAGCAAGUUCAGCUACACCCUAGCAAGUUCAGCUAAACGCUAGCAAGUUCAGCUGUUCUGGAACCGAGUACUCACAGAGAAGACUUUGGUUUCUUAAUGCAAGGGGAGUCUUAGGGGUUACUUGUAAAUCCUAUUUUUAGUCUCUCACCUGGCAAAGCCUAUUAAUUUAAUCUUUUGAAUAUUUUUAUCAGAAAGGUGUUACUUAUUACAGAAGCAUGUUAGUAUUUAUAACACAAAACCUCUUAAGGAUUUUAGAUAGUGAUCAGGGCAAAAUGGCUUUGUUGUUUUCCUUCUCUGUCUCCUUCCAGACUUUCCAAGUAUGUAUUUUAUACUGAGAACUUUGAUUUUUAAAGAAGUAUUCGUUCAGAGAAUUUGAGAUGUAAAGGUACCUGGCAGUUGAAGCACCAGAAGGUAAAUAGAGUCGGGUGGAGAAACACCCAGAACAUACAGAUGCCAGGUACAGAGCACAGUUAGGAGACUUGGCUGUGGGACACGGGUUCUUGCCNCCAGUCAAAGCCAUCUUAGAUUGCCCUCAUUAGCCCACUGCUGGAAACUGCUGCACCAGGGUUGUUUCUUCCACACACCAGACUAAGCUGUUGGACUCCGGGUGUUUCUCAGCCUUACUGUCCUAUAAUAAAUCUGAAUUAUUCCAGUUGCUGCUGACUAUGCCUAAGAAAACAUAUGUAAGUAUAAUUUGUCAACCAAAUUCUGUUGUACAUGACUACCUACCGGCAACUUUGAUUGAUUUCUGUAGUGCUAAAUAAACAUUUCAGCUGUCUGACCCCAAACGUGGGGCUGUAUUGUAAAA